AUGGCGCCUCUCGUCGGAGUGCCGGGCUAUCACCACUCGUCCAACAAGAUCACCAAACCACGAUCCAAGAUGGUCAAGCCCAUACUGAAAAAGGUCAUUGUGUCUUCGCCCAAGAACUCACUCGACCUGGACAGGGGCUGGGACGACCACAUCAGCGUCUACGAUCCGCCCCCGCGCACAAGCAUGUCGCGGUCCGUCCGGGACGUCAACAUACCCGGCUCGACAUGGGAGCCCUCGACCUUUCCCAACCCGACAGGCCCGACCUCAGGCUCGGCCUCUGCCUCAGGAACAGCGACGCCUGUUGCUGGGCUCGAGUCUAGGAGAAAGCACACCCGCACAACCUCGGGCACCAGCUCCAUAGCCACCAACGGAAGCGGCCAUCGACCAGGCGGUGGCUUCGUUCACCCCUUCCAGCAGUACCAGACACCACGCACAAACACCCCGCCGCUGACCUACGCCAACUCCUUCACCUCGUUUGAGCGCGACAACACCCCCCGCGACUACUCGCCCACCAUCAUUACCGAGAACGACGACGACGAGCACGACUUCACCGGCUCCACCCCGCUGUCCACGUCGCUGUCGUCCCACCUCCAUCGCCCCCAGCCCAGCAACAGCCACUCCACCACCAGCCUGAGGCGGCCUUCGCUCGCCAGUCAGCGCACGCCCUCUCUGACAGACUUCAACAGCAACGUCAACAACAACCCCCCGCUCCGCGUCAAUACAACACCCUUCUCUCGCUCCCACCCUUCAGCACCGACCUCCAAGCUCGUCCAUGGAUCCCUCAACACCUCCUACUCGCACUCGGACCUGCAGAUCAACGGCGCCAGCCCCACCGACUCGCCCCGGCCGUCCCUGACGCUGGGCAGCCCCAGCACGUCCAACGUGCCCAUGUCGCCCCUGCGCACUAGCCUGGAGGGCGCCUUCCGCAUCCGCUCUCGCAGCGAGGUCGACACCGGCGCGAGCCGCGAGGACAUCCGGGAGGCGAGGCGCAAGUUCGAGGAGAACGAGAGGCUCAAGCAGGAGAAGUACGAGUCGGAGCAGCGCAAGAAGAGGGAGCGCAAGGACAGCAAGAUGGAGAAGGCCGCCUCGCGCAGAGCUACGGGCAUGAGCGAGAUAUCCAGCAUCGGGAGGCCGUCCUUCUCGCGGAAGCGCACACCACCGCCUCUCAGCCCUACGGUCAGCAGCCGCCAAAACCGGCCCGUUGAGUCACCGAGGCAGGCGACCAUGAACGAGAAGGUUCAGAGGCCGGGGUCCGCAUUUAUGAGCAAUAACUAUGAAGGCCACGCGGACGGGACGACACAUAGCUCCGGACCGGACAUCCACGACGUGCGGUUCGGGACGCCGAAGCGUGCCACGACGGCCAAGAGGAGGACGCAGAGCUACUGGACCUCGUUUAUGCUAUGGCUCCGGACCCGGCUGUUGAAGCUGGGGAGACGAUAG